AUGGCGGGCGCUCCCUCGCGCGUGCACUACCUGUCCGACUUCUGUUGCCCGCCUGGAGGCCGAGUGCCGGGGAAGCCGCAUGUUCUGCGUCAUGAGGCGGAGGUCUUUCUGUCCGGCGGGCGCGAGUUCGUCUAUGUGUACGACCAGGAGGGCGGGCUGCUGACGGCGAUCUACCAGUUUCCCGACCAGGUGUGGCACCUGCAGCUCCUGGCCACCCGCAGGGCGCUCUACGUUCUGUGCGCGCGCACCGGCAUCUACUGCCUGUCGUUGGACUCACGGAGCAGGUCUGCGAGCCUGGCCUGUACAGAGGACAAAGAGGAUGAGGCUAACCCUCCCUGUGUGAUCCACGUGGACCCAGAUGCCUGCGUCCUCCCUGAUGCUGCACUCCGUGCCUUCGCUGUGCUGGACGAUGUGCUGGUCACCCUGGCACAGGGCUCCACCCAAUGGAAGAUGCAGCUAUUUGAGCUGCCUUGUCCAGGGGAGGAGCCUCUGCCUGGAGGCCAGCUUGGCGAGGUGGAGUUGUCCACUUGCACCCCUCCAGGUGGGGUGCCCGGGAAGCGUGCAGCCCCCUGCUUCCUGCCAGUGCUGCGCUGCGUGUUCCCACCAGACUCCAGGUUACCUCACGGUCACCCCCAGGGCUGUGGGUGCUUCAUGCUGGAGGAGGCCCUCUUCGGUCUACUCUUUGGGGUCGACGCCGCCCUCCUGCAGUCCCCUGUGGUCCUCUGCGGUCUCCCCGAUGGCCAGCUUUGUUGUGUGGUCCUGAAGGCCUUGGUUACUUCUGGGUCAGCCACCGGGGACCCGACGGCCCUGGUUAAGAUCCUGCAUCACCUGGAGGAGCCUGUGGUCUUCAUCGGUGCUCUGAGGGCAGAGCCACAGGCUGAGGAGGCGGCGAGAGAGCUGCUGCCUGGUGAGAACGUGCACUCUGACUGCCUGGUGGCGUUGGGCCACCAGGGCCGGACACUGGCCAUCAGGGCCAGCUGGAGCGAGGCAGGGAACCUGGUGCCGGAGCUCCGUGAGUACUGCCUCCCAGGGCCUGUGCUCUGUGCCGCCUGUGGCCGGGAUGGCCGCAUGUACCACAGCACCCCCUCAAACCUCUGUGUGGUAGACUUGACUAGCAGAGGCACGCCUUGGAACCCUGAGAAGCCAGAUGGGACCAUGGGAGGUCUGCCCUCCAUGCUGUGCCCAGCCAGCUUGAAUAUCUGCAGUGUCGUCGCUCUCUCUGUGUCGUCUAGAACACCCUCAGGUGGCACGGAGCUCCUGGCCUUGUCUUCUAAAGGACGCCUGAUUACCUGUAGCCUGGACUUGAGCCCUGAGGUGCCUGUGCCUGCCAAACUGACCAUGGCAAAUGCAGGCCAGAAGAUUAAAGAGCUGCUCUUGGACAUUGGCGACGUCUCUGAGAGGGUGUCCUUUCUGAAGAAAGCUGUUGACCAACGCAACAAGGCCAUAACAAGCCUCAACGAGGCCAUGAAUGUGAGCUGUGCCCUGCUCUCCAGUCAGGAGGGUGGUCGGCCCAUCUCCUGCACCAUCACUGUCUCCUGGAGCCGCCUGGAGUUGCGAGACAUGCUGAUGGCCACCUGCACACUGGAGAACAGUAGCAGCUUCUGCCUGGACCAGGGCUGGACCUUGUGUGUUCAGGCGCUAACAAGUUCCUCUGCCUUGGACCUGGACGGGGCGGGCUCGACGUUCACCUAUACCAUGCCAGUGGACAGCCUAGGCCCCGGCAGUCGGCGGGAAGUGACAUUGCCCCUGGGCCCUAGUGAGAGUGGCGCGCUUGACCUGCCAGUGACCAUGUCCUGCUGGCUCUUCUACAGCCUCAGGGAGGUGGUGGGUGGGGCCCUGGCCCCCUCGGACCCUCUAGAAGACCCUUAUUUGGAGACUCUCCCUCUCAACCUUCCUAAGCAAGAGGGUAUCUGUCUGCCCCUGUGCAAGCGCACAGUGGACAUGCUGCAGUGUCUGCGCUUCCCUGGCGUGGCCUCGCACCCUGCACAGGCCCCCUCUGUGCCUGGCCCUGCCUGUGAGCCCGUGGAGACUUUCCUGAAGACCUGCCAAGGCCCUGGCAGUGAGCCAUCGGGCGCUGCCUCCCUGCGGGCCAAGUACCUGCCUCCAUCCACAGCCUCCAUCCGGGUGUCAGCAGUGCUCCUCAGAACGGCCCUGGAAGACGGCCACGCAGAUUUCCAGCUGUGCAGUGCUACCCUGCGGUGGCUCCUUGCUGAGAACGCUGCUGUAGAGGUUGUGAGGGCCCAGGCACUGUCGUCCAUCCAGGGGAUUGCCCCAGACGGUACUGAUGUCAACCUCAUCGUCCAUGAGGUAGCUGUGACUGAUCUGAGCCCUGCAGGGCCCAUCCAGGCUGUGGAGAUCCAAGUGGAGAGCUCCUCUCUGGCCAACAUGUGCAGAGUGCACCAUGCUAUCAUCAGACGGAUCCAGACUAUGGUAACAGAGCAGGCAGCACAAGGCUCCAGCCCACCCGACCUCCGUAUGCAGUACCUACGCCAGAUGCACGCCAACCACCAGGAACUGCUUCGUGAAGUGCAGACACUGCGUGAGCAGUUGUGCGCGGAGGAUGAGGUGAGCUCCUGCUCCACAGCCCAGACGCUCUUACAGAUCUACAAACAGCUACGCAACCCGAGCCUCGUCCUGCUGUGACCAGCUGCUGGCCAGCUCCGCGUCACUGGGACACACUCGAGGCUGAGUGUUGGGGCUCGCCUGGCAGCGCCCCUCCACUGGAGCAUCUGCACCCCUGAUGAGAAGUGUCAUCACCCAAGUGCUCAGGCCAUGGAGACACAGGGUUUCUGGGGUUUGGGACUGACCUGCUGCUGCUGCCCCCAGCACCCCUCAGGAGCGUGGGCUGCCCCUCUGGAACCACCAGGUGGCAGAGUGCUCACUGCAACCAAAGCACAAAGAC